GCUCCCGCCCCACCCAGUCCAGGCCACGCCCUGGCGUGUGACGUCAGCACGCCCCGUGCGUCGCGGCGCGGCGCUCACUGGGGGCCCGGCUUUCGCCCGCUGCUGCCGCCGCCGCCGCCGGCCGCGGCUGCUCUCCCAAGAUGGCGGCUCCUCCGGGCGAGUACUUCAGCGUUGGGAGCCAGGUGUCGUGCCGGACGUGCCAGGAGCAGCGGCUGCAGGGCGAGGUGGUAGCCUUCGACUACCAGUCCAAAAUGCUGGCUUUAAAAUGUCCCUCUUCCAGUGGAAAGCCCAACCAUGCAGACAUCUUGCUUAUAAACUUACAGUAUGUUUCAGAAGUGGAAAUAAUUAAUGACCGAACAGAAACCCCUCCUCCCCUAGCUUCACUCAACGUUAGUAAGCUUGCCAGCAAAGCACGGACAGAGAAGGAGGAGAAGCUGAGCCAGGCCUAUGCAAUCAGCGCUGGUGUCUCCCUAGAGGGCCAGCAGCUCUUCCAGACCAUACACAAGACCAUUAAAGACUGUAAAUGGCAAGAAAAAAACAUCGUAGUCAUGGAAGAAGUUGUUAUUACACCCCCAUAUCAAGUGGAAAACUGUAAAGGCAAAGAGGGGAGUGCACUGAGCCAUGUACGCAAAAUAGUUGAAAAACAUUUUAGAGACGUGGAAAGCCAAAAGAUACUGCAGCGUUCACAAGCCCAGCAACCACAGAAGGAGGCUGCCCUGUCAUCCUGAGUCCACACAUACGGAGGACUCUUCCAGCAUCCAGCCAAGGAGGCGAUGGUGGUGGCUUCAGCGGAGGCAGGCCGGGGGAGGGAAGGGAUCCUGUAUUUCCUGUUGGCUCUUGUUAACAGAGGGUCAGCAUUUCCAAAUCUUAGACUUGAACAAACAAAACACCCAACAAAAAAGAACAAGAGAAUAAUUUAAAAGUUGAAUCAUUACUUGACUAACAGACUUCGGUCCACCAUGUCCUUUUCACAGCCCCCUUCUGGAACAGUCACCUUGUUAAUUUUAUUUUGAAAAUUCCUUUCCUGCUCUGCCCUUUCACCUCUGACUUUCCUUUCCCAGUCUGUCUCUGCCAUUCUGUUUUUAUAAGUGGCUACACUUGCCUUCCGAGUGAUUGAAAGAAACUUUUACAUCUCCUCUUCCAAAAUAAAAGUAACAAGCUGACUGUGAUACUUAAGUUGAGACUAGAGCAGCAGACAAAGGUCUCACUUUAAAUUUUUCUUUUUUUUUUUUUUCUUUUUUUCUUUUUUUGCACAGGGCAUGGCUUGAAUUAGUUUUAUUUUUCUUAACUUUAAAUAUAUAUAUGAAAAUAUAUAUUAAAAUGUUCUCUAAAUAUUUUCUGCUUCUUGCAGGUCUCUUUUUACUAGAUCAUGGCCACUCUUCCCACCUCAUCCCUCUGAGAAUAAAAAUGUGUUGUCCUCCCCACCACCCAUAGCCAGGCACCUGACUUAGUGCACAGCGAGGACCUCCCGCAGCACUUUGUAGAGCCAGUGUUUGCAGAUGGGCUCUGGUUUUUCAGUCUUCUGACUAUACGUGUACCAGUCUCACAUUUGGCAAAAACCUCAGGAUUCUCCUUCUGCCUUUUUCUUACUUCAUGGUACUAGAAGAACUUUCUCACCACCCUCCUGUCUCCUCGAUGGGAACGACAGCUGCCCCGUCUCUUGUGCCCUCUGUAGGAAGAACUGUUUUGCAUGGCACAUCUCAGCUCCUCCUUGAAGGAAGGUUUUCUUUCAUAAGAAACCCAGAGUCCGCCUAUCCUGACCUCUUUAAGUCUGUAUCCAGAGCCACUAGCCCAGGAAAAAGUUUGAGUGACCUGCCGUUUCUCUUCUGCCAACCUACUGCUCUUAUGACCUUCCCCACCACCCCUUCAAUUUUACAAGCUUAUGACAGUUUGUAUGUGCUCAGCCAAUGGGCAGAAAACCUGGGAAGAAUUUCUGGACUUUAGCCCACCAGUUUGUCUGGUUUGACUAACCUGCUGAGAGCUACCUGGCACCCUUGCCUCUGUACCUAGGCAGUCCAGAGGGGCAGAGUGUGUAUCAGGCACUGUGGCGUGGGACAUGGGUGAUGCUCAUGUGACUGGCUAGAGCUUUGGGGGUGGGGUGGGGGUUAAUGAAUAUUUUUUUGGCCAUGAUCUCUUUCCCCUUCCUUUUUUUUUUUUAAUUAAAUAAAUGGAUCAAAAUUAAAUAAUUCAAGCCCUGCCUUCAAAAUGAAUUUUUUUUUUUUUAGUAUUGUUUAGCAAAAACAAUAAAACCCAAAUUUUUUUAACCAUCACUCAUGUCUCGGGUUUGUGCGUGCUUUAGAGGCCCCAGAGGGAGGGGUCUGAGGAUGUGUGUGUUUGGUUUGGUUAAACUUUCCCUUUAAACUCUCUGCUUCCUACUCUUACCUUCUCUUCUUCUACUCCUGAGAACUCAUCCAGAAAUACAGUGCCAAGUGUAUAAGAAGGGGAUACAGGGUUGGGAGUUGUGUGUAAGCGGAGUAGAGGAAAGAAUUGGGUGGGUACACAUGUAAGACCUUUGUUCCAGGACUGGAGGAGAAGUGGGAGAAGACUGAGAAGUAUGCUUUCGUAUCGCCUGCCAUUGGCCAGAGCGUGAUGUAAAGUGCCACGCCUCUGGUUUAGUCUGCAUGGAAGUGUAGACUUCCGGAGAAGGUAAAAGAGGGAGCGCAGAGGAGACCUACCGUGCAAGGUCUAGAAAACCUGAGAGAUGCAUUUAAAGAAGUGAAUGUGAUAACGGGAAAUGGCAGUCCUGGAAAGAAGCUCUGUGUCACGUGUCCCAUGUCAUUACUUCCUCCCCAUUAAUCUCUAGGUCUGUGAAUGGGAGGGAGCAGGUACCAACUGUUUCUGGUAGGAAGCACUUUUGACUGGUUUCAGUUUACGAAAUGAUGUGGGGGAAUGUAGAGCAAUUCAAGAGGUGGAAUCAGUAUGGCAGGAAAGACAAGCAGUAUAGAAGGAAGAACAAGGGCUUUGGAGACAAAAACAGUUGGCUUCAAAUUGUCGCCCUUCCAUCUCACUUCCUGACUCUGGAUAAGUCGUUUUACUUGUCCAAGCUUUGGUUUCCCCAGUUGUGAGCAUGAAACUAAGACUCAUCUCCUGGGGUUGCUUGUAAAGGUUCAAAUAGGAUGGUUUAAAAUGGUUAAUACUUAAAAGGUCCUCUGUAAACGUUAGUAUGCAUUUUAGCUUGUUCCUAGGAUGGUUAAAUCUGGAGAUGAGACUGGAUUAACUGGUUUUCAGAAACUCCAACUUUGUUUUAGAAGUCUUUGUCUAGAUGUCAUUUUCAGUGAGACUAACAGGUAAAACAUUUGGGGUCUUAAGAGCUGUGCCCUCUCAGUCUCUCAGAUCUCAUCUCUACCUCUUUACUGAAGCUUCUGAGGAAUUUGAUUAUAUGAAAACCACUCAUUUUACAGAAAGUGAGUGGGUUCCACCAGGGCUAAGUGACUUGGUGAGAGUACCACCGCUGCCCACAGUGGCAGAGCUGGAAUGAACCCCAGGCUUUAUGCACUCAUGGGCUCUUUAAUGCUGCCCUGGGACUUGGCGAACCAACGGCAUUUCGUGUUGCUCACUUCUGUUAGCCAGGUUUGGGGUGGAGUACAGAGAAGACUGAUGAGUGUGGUAAGAAUUGCCGCCUAGAUUUGAAGAAAUGAUGUAGUGUUGAGGGCUUGCAUCUCUGAUAGAACACGAACUGGUGGUUUUGCUGUGUCUUCUUGGUUUUGAGGCAUUCUCUUUUCUCCUCAAACACACACACAAACCCUUAUAUCCCAGUGCCUGGUCACCACCCCACAGCCACAUCUGUGCCUUUGGGUUUUCUUCUGUUUAGAACAUCUGGUCAGUACGGUGUAAACAGCCUUCCCACAAUGAGUUGAUACUGAAUCUGUACUGUGUAAGUCUGAACAGCUCAUUGCUGAUUUUUGUUUGGUGUUUUGAAAGUUGCUCAAGCACUUCAAUAUUAGUUAAAGGGCUGCAGCCUGGGGAACCGCUGAUUCAAGGGAAAGGCUCCUUGAUGUUUUUGAAGCUACAAAUUGUGUCAAAAUCUGUUUUCCCAUAAGACAUAAAGGAAGAUCAGGGACACUUUCAGUCAUAUAGAGACGCCUGUCCUGCCAGUAUGGCAGAUGCUGAGAAUGUAUAAUGAGAAUGUUGGCUACUAGAAGCUGCAGUGUACGGGUUGAGUGGUGGGGACCAGAGUUUGGGAACUGGGAUUGGUCAUUUGGGUUGGAGGAUGGUCAUUGUUUACAUAGCAGAUUUGCUUUCCCAUCACUGCUGGAGGCCGCUGGUGCCAGAGCAUUCCCCUUUAAGAAACUUGAAUUCGGCAUGUACUGCCUCAACUUCAGGGGUUUAACGUAACAGCAUGACGUACCUUACAGGUGAGAAAGGGGUGCUGUGGGGCUGCCAUCCACUGGUGAUAGACUGCUGCUGGGUAAUAAAGUUUCAAAAUGA